AUGAUCGGAGAUGAUCGGAGAAUCAUAAACCGGCGAAAGGAAACCGGUUUAGCUCCAAUAACAUGCUGCUGCUGCCUCUGCAUUACUCUCGUCCUCCUCACCUUCCUCCUCUUAGUCGCGACCGCCGUCUUCUACCUCUGGUUCGAUCCGAAGCUCCCGACUUUCAGCCUCGCCUCUUUCCGCCUCGACGGGUUCAAACUCACCCCCGACCCCGACGGCGCGUCUCUCUCCGCCACCGCCGUGGCGCGCGUGGAGAUGAGGAACCCCAACACCAAACUCGUUUUUUACUACGGGAACACCGCAGUGGAGAUGAGCGUCGGCAGCGGAAACGACGAGACGGGGAUGGGAGAGACGACGGUUAGCGGGUUCCGACAAGGUCCGAAGAACUCGACGAGCGUGAAAGUGGAGACGUCGGUGAAGAACCAGCUCUUGGACAUGGGAUUGGCUAAGAGACUCUCGGCGAAGUUUCAGAGCAAAGAUUUGGUGAUGAACGUUGUGGCCAGGACGAAAGUUGGAUUAGGUGUCGGAGGGAUUAAGAUCGGAAUGCUCGCCGUUAAUUUGAGAUGCGGCGGCGUUAGCCUGAACAAGCUUGAUACUGAUUCACCUAAAUGCAUCCUCAAUACACUCAAAUGGGUGAAUCUACAGUAAUGAGGAAGAAAGAAUUCAAAAAUGGUGGCGAUCUAAAACCACUUCUCAAAAAAAAAAAAAAUGGUGGCGAUCUAACAUUCGUAUGGAUAUAUGUAACUCUAUAUGUAACGAUACUGUAGAUAAAUAUAUACUUUACUAUAUUCUA